AUGACCGCCAGCCACACAUCCUCACAGCAUAACCAUACUGGAAGCUCCAGCAGCAAGUCUGCCGGAAAGCCUCCCUCCGACGAAAAGCCCUCACGAAAAGUCCGCCUCGACAUGUUUAACAAAGACAACAAAGACGAUCUAAUUUCCCGUCUUCACGAUGGCCAAUCCAAAACUCAGACCCUUGAAGACAAGCUUGGUGAACACCUCGCGAAACUCCCAUAA